UGGAGGGUGAACUCCCGAAGGCAGGUGGACCGGGUUGGCUACAUCAAGUAUGACGUUCUGAAGUGUUCUGUCCCCUCCCACCGCCAUUGAUACACACUCCAAAACAGAAGCGUCACCUUCAGAUCCAGCAGCAAUGAGGCUAGCUUUGGUCCUCUCCUUCCUCUCAGGAGCCUACUCUGCUGUUGUCUGGGGUCCAGGGGAGGUGAGGGUCUUGGUGGGUGACAGCAUGACUGUCCCCUGUAGAUAUACAGAUUAUGAUGAGAAUCAGAAAUACUGGUGCAAAGAAAAUAUAUUUGGGCGUUGUAGCAUUUUAGUGAAGACUGAUGGCACCACCAAUGACAAAAGAAUGUCGAUUAGAGAUAAUAUAACAGAGAGAGUGUUCUCUGUAACUAUGGAGGAUCUGCGCGAGAAGGACGAUGGAUGGUAUCAGUGUGUAAUAUCAAUACCGGAAUGGUUCAACUAUGAUAUAAGGAGUCCAUCAGUGUACAUCAGUGUCAAAAAAGUCCAGGCUCCAGAGUGGGUGAUGAGCCAAACCAAAGGAAAUGUAACAGUCCGGUGUAAAUAUCACAAAUCAGACACAGACCAUGUCAAAUACUGGUGCAAAGGAAAACGUCUACUUCAGUGUUCCACCCUGGUGAAGACCGGAGACUCAAAUACUCAGAGCCGGAUCUCUAUCAGAGAUGAUAAAGCAGAGGGAGCGUUUUACAUCACAAUGACGGACCUCACCAAGGAUGAUCAGGGGUCUUAUAUGUGUGGGAUAUCAAUAAGUGGCUUUGAAGAAAGUGUCCCAGUAUAUGUUCAAGUGAAUGAAGGUGCCAUACCAGAUCUCUGGGGCCCGGUGAAUGUAAUUGGGCAAGCAUCCAGCAGUAAAACAAUCAGCUGUCAGUAUUCUGCAGAUUACACCAAUAGUGUUAAAUACUGGUGUAAAAAAGCUGGUGAGGACGGAUGCAGCCCUGUGGUUAACACUGAAAAUAAAGAGAGAGAAGACAGAACCCAGAUCAGGGAUGACCGUUCCAACAGACAGUUCCUGAUCACCAUCAGCAACCUCACAGCACAGGACACUGGCGUGUACUAUUGUGGAGUGAAGGGACAUUCCUCCCUCAGAGACAAACGGGUUCCGGUGCACCUGGAUGUUGAAGCAGACCAUUCUGAAAUGUCAACCACAUCCAAGACUCCAGUAGAAUCAAUUCCUGCAUCCACAGUAGAAAAACCAGAAAAGAGGAAUUGGAGGUCAACAAAAAAACAAGAAGAAACAGCAAUAGCAAAGAAUCCUCCGGCGCCUUCAUCCCCGCUGCCCACUCUCGCCAUUUCCGCCGGAGUUCUUCUGUGUAGCUACUGUUUGCAUCCAUCCAUCCAUCAUCCAUCUAUCCUUUCACCCAUCCAUUAUCUAACCUGCUUAUUCCUGGUCAGGGUCACAGGGGGGCCGAAGGCUAUCCCAGAAUGCACUGGGCCCGGGGCAGGAAUGCACCCUGCACAGGACACCAAUCCAUCGCUGGCUUGUUUUUGCAUCCAAGGUCAAACGCUGGAUGUAAAAGCCCAGACCAUCGACAAUCAGACAUGGGCUACCCACGCUCUGUACACCAGGUCUUCGGAGGUGUUACAAUCUGAGUCACUCUGUAACAGGAUGAAUGAUGAGGGAAACACCCUUGCCACAGUCGCAUGUCAUUUCCUUCACUCGGUUAAUUACAGCACAGACCCAGCUAAAAACAGGAAGGACACCAGACCGUUUGUGUUCCUCUCAGAUACACACUCCAAAACAGAAGCGUCGCCUUCAGAUCCAGCAGCAAUGAGGCUGGCUUUGGUCCUCUCCUUCCUCUCAGGAGCCUACUCUGCUGUUGUCUGGGGUCCAGGGGAGGUGAGGGUCUUGGUGGGUGACAGCGUGACUGUCCCCUGUAGAUAUACAGAUUAUGAUAAGAAUGAGAAAUACUGGUGCAAAGAAAAAAUACCACUGCGUUGUAGCGAUUUAGUGAAGACUGAUGGCACCACCAAAGACAAUAGAAUGUCGAUUAGAGAUAAUCAAACAGAGAGAGUGUUCUCUGUAACUAUGAAGGAUCUGAGAGAGGAGGACAAUGGAUGGUAUAAGUGUGGAAUAGCAAUAACACACUGGUUCGACGAAAUGAGUCCAUCAGUGUACAUCAGUGUCAAAAAAGCUGCGACCAUACCAGAUCUCUGGGGCCCGGUGAAUGUAAUUGGGCAAGCAUCCAGCAGUGAAACAAUCAGAUGUCAGUAUUCUGCAGAUUACACCGAUAGUGUUAAAUACUGGUGUAAAAAAGCUGGUGAGGACGGAUGCAGCCCUGUGGUGACCACUGAAAAUAAAGAGAGAGAAAAUAGAACCCAGAUCAGAGAUGACCCUUCCAACAGACAGUUCCUGAUCACCAUCAGAAACCUCACAGCACAGGACACUGGCGUGUACUAUUGUGGAGUGAAGGGACAUUCCUCCCUCAGUGACAGAUGGGUUCCGGUGCACCUGAAUGUUAAAGCAGACCAUUUUGAAAUGUCAACCACAUCCAAGACUCCAGUAGAAUCAACUCCUGCAUCCACAGUAGGAGAACCAGAAAAAGGGAAUUGGAGCUCAACAAUAAAACAAGAAGGAACAACAUUAGCGAAGAAUCCGGAUUCUUCAUCCCCGCUGCCCACUCUCGCCAUUUCCGCCGGAGCUCUUCUGCUGCUCUGCUGUGUGGCCGCUGGCGUCGCAUGGAAGAUCAAACGUAAAAUAAGACCAGCUGUGGAAGACAAAAAUGAAAAGCCCCCAGGAGUCGCUGAAGCGACCUAUGCUGAAGUUCUGACCAAUGACAGCACACAGGAGCCGAGUGACAUGGUUUACUCCUAUGUGAAUCCACACCAGUGCUCACAGAGCCCUCCCCCACAGGACCAAGUUGUGUACUCUACUAUUAACUCCUGAAAGCCCCAUUUUUAGACAUUUUAGACAACACUGCCAGACAGCCACUCCACACUCACCAGAAUUGCCUCAUACUGAGAUUUUAUUUUGUUUCUUAUUCAAACCUGGGUCAAAUUUUAUAUGGUGACCUGCUAACAUUCGAAAACUGUUGUUCAGUUGUUCCCUGAGAAUUUUUACCAAAAUGUGUCCCUCAUCAAAACGUGUAAUUACAUAAGCCUUAUAAUUAUAUGAAAAUGUCAUUUAAUGGAAAUUUGAAUUAUAUGAAAAUAAGAUUCAUUUUCAUCUGAAUGUUUUGCAAGAAAAGAUGUUGCUUUUUAAAUUGUCAAUGGUCUGUAGGAGUUUCACUGCUGGCUAAAGAAUUAAAGUAUUUGACCCUG